AUGAAAACAGUGCUAUCUAUACAGUCCCACGUAGUCCACGGAUACGUAGGAGGUAAAGCCGCCAUCUUCCCCUUGCAAUCACAAGGUUGGGAAGUCGAUAACAUCAACACGGUGCAUUUCUCAAACCACACGGGGUAUGGCCACUUCAAAGGCGACGUUCUCGAAACCACCGAGCUAGACCAGAUCUUGAACCAGCUAGUUGACCAUUUGCAAAUCGAAUACGGCGCCUUGAUCACUGGCUACAUACCGAAUGCCGAGUUGAUCAGCUGCAUCGCUAGCUAUAUCACCAAAUUGAAGCAGCGAGAUCACCAGCAACAACUACUAUAUUUGUUGGACCCCGUGAUGGGCGAUAAUGAUUAUAUGUACGUGGACAAGUCGUGCGUUUUGGAGUAUCGGCGGUUGGUCAGCUUGCGCGUGGCUGAUCUCGUCACGCCUAAUCAGUUUGAGCUACAAUUGCUUAGCGACGUGGAGAUUUCCAAUGGGGAAAGCUUGAAGCGGGCCCUAGAUGAAGUUCACGCUACCGUGCCUUACGUGGUGGUGACUUCCGUCGAUUCCCAAAUUGUCGAUGCGCACGAUGAUGGAUUUAUUUAUUGUAUCGUAUCUGUUCAAGAUGGCACCGCCACCACUACUAAACCUCAGCAGACAAUGUUCAGGAUCGCCAAGAUUGAGUCGUAUUUCACGGGGGUUGGAGAUUUGUUCUCGGCGUUAUUAUUGGAUAAAUUCGUCGCGAAUGGGAAAGAAGAAGUGGGUGGAUCUCCAUUUGACAGGUUGAGUAGAUCAGUCAAUCAAGUCUUGACCAUCAUGGCCAAGACGUUGAAGUUGACUCACGAGAUGGGGAUGAAGCAAGCCAAACUGGCUUUAAUCUCGGACAGGAAACAUAGCCAAGCGAACGGUGUGCAAGAAAAUGGCGCGGGGGAACACCACGACGACGACGACGACGAGGAUAUAGUUGGCAAGAUGAAUGAUGCCCGCACUAUGAAGUACUUUGAAUUGAAAGUUAUACAAGCUCGAGACUAUUUCAGCUAUGACGGACCUGGUGAAUUUGAAGAAAUCAAAUUUUAG